AUGAGUAGAGCUACUAUCAUCACAUCUUCGUAUGCUUCCUCACCAGUCACUGUAUUAUACACUGGGAACUAUGUGAGAUAUGCACCAACGUCUUCGUACAUCACCGUUGUUGAUCAAAUACGUAAGCCGGUGAUUCUUACUCAAGAAAUUGUCGAUUAUGGCGCUCCACUGAUCAUUCAACAGCCUGAUUAUUAUGUUGUCGACAGCAGUCCUAUUAUCGUCAGUGAUUACGCACCACGUAGCUACGUACGCUAUGGCGUUAGUAGUUCAAGAUGCUGUUGCAGAUCGUGCCUUUAUUGA